AUGAGGCUUCAGAGAGUAUCAAGCCUUGGAACUGAAAUCUUCUAUACAUUUGACAGCUUACGCAAGAUGAAAUUUCAAAAGAUCUUUGUUACCAUCAAUAUGUUGAUGAAUCACACUGCCCUUAGUAGUGUGAUCCCUCAACUUGAGGCCAACUCAGCCAAGCAAUUAGAAUUGGCUGACCCAUCAGCUUGUGGAUCAUCUGGUGUGGUCUACUCAGGCAUCACUCAAGCAUACAAUCAGAAAUUGGAACAUGCAGCCCAAAUGGAAGCACAGGCAGAGAAGGAGUUUGGAACUUUGUCUCGCGCCAUCCAUCAUGAUAGAGAUUUGAUAGAGUUUCAACCACCAACAGAGUUUGCACCCCAAGCUCCUGGCGUGAUUCCAUCACCAAUGAUGCUUACACCAGCAGCCCCUGGUGGUAUUCCAUCACCAAUGGUGUUUACACCACAAGCCCCUGGCGUUAUUCCAUCACCAAUGGUGUUUACACCACAAGCCCCUGGUGGUAUUCCAUCACCAAUGCCGUUUACACCACCUCACGGGAUUGUACGACCACCAACAGAUCCAAAUUUUCCAGCCAUAUACGCAAGAGAGUUUUGGAAUGACGCAUCUGAUGAUCACAAAUACAAAUACAUCAUAGGAGGAGCUGUGGCUGUAAUUCAUACUUUUGCUGCUGCAUUAUACUCCCUCAUGGACCAUGUCAGAUACGAAAGGCAUUAG